UGUCAUUUGUCCCUAUUCCGAGCUCAAUUUUCUACCGGGAUGCAUGGAAUACAAACACGAUUAUCAAUUGUUUUGGUUUCGUUUCUUGUAAAUUUGCAAGAUCAUGGCAGGAUUGGAGCUGUUAUAUAAUUGCGUCUCAAGUUCUAUAACGUCUCCUCGGGAUGCUGUAGUGUGUUUCGUGCACUGGGAAAUUGUAAAGAAUGGCUUUAAAUGUCUGGGAACUGGAGAUGAGCCCCAAGAUGGAGAGAAAUCAUCAGAAUUACUUCCAGCAGCCUGGAAUGCGAACAAUGAACUUUACACGCUAAGAUACAGAUCAGCAGAAGACAAGUCCAGCCUUCUUCUCAAGGCCAUUACAGUGGAUUCUACGCUGAUCUUCAAUUUAAUGGACCCAGCUACAGACAAAGUAACAGACCUGACUGUGAAUGUUAGCGACUAUGUAGAUGAGGCCAAUUUGCAGACAUUUGAAAGCGUGUUUAAGAACACAGAAGACUUGGCCAAGAAGCUGAAGUCAUCACUACUCCCUGCAAUGAAGAGAGAAGGCAGUGAGAGGACAGAGAAGAAGGCGAGAGCUCCAUAUGCAGAUGUACAAUCCAACCCUGACCAGGAUCCGCUCCGCCUGCCCCACCGAGCUCCUCUCACUGCACAUCCCCCAAACUGGCCGGACCCACUAGAGCCAUUUGCUGCAGGAGGGGCAGAUCUUGAUCCCUUUGGUAGGAGACCAGGGGGCAUGAUUGUGGAUCCUUUACGGUCAGGGUUCCCUCGUUCUGGCUUUGACCCCUCAGCUGGCAUACCUGGAGUCCUCCCUCCUGGUUCUGUGCCACCAGGUGCCCGCUUUGACCCUUUUGGACCAGUUGGGAGACACAGACCUGGACCAGAUCCUGAUCACCUGCCCCCACAAGGAUAUGAUGAUAUGUUUAUGUAGAAGAUUAUAACGCACUUCCUGUUCCACUGGAGCAUUUCAUAUUCCCUUGAUGUAUCCCAUUUCAAGGCUCUCUUUCUUGCAGUGAACUGGUCUAUUUUUUUAUUCCAUUUAAUUUAGGUAGGUGAAAUAAUACUGCUGUAGAAGUUUGCAGUAAAAGUGUUGUUUUUGUUUGCUUGUUUUUCUGUCUAAUGCAGUUGUCUUGAAAGAUAAUCAAUAAUUCUGAUUAAUCUUUGCAGAGGUUUCAUCGCUGAGUCAUGCUGUAAUUUUGGAUUCACUGGUAUGAUUCAGCUAUUUCUUUUCCUCAUUUCUUGCCAAGUACAGUAAACUGUUCUGUUAAAUAAAACAGUAACUGAUUCUGUUGUAUGGGA